AUGGAUCUCUGCAAGAAAUUUGAAGAAAUGGCCGAGACCGUUCGAAAUUUGAAGACUCGGCCUACCGACGACGAGAUGCUCGACAUUUACGGGUUGUACAAACAGGCGAUGGUUGGCGAUGUGACUUCGGACAAGCCGACUUUUUUCGACUUUAAGGGCAAGUCUAAAUGGGAAGCUUGGAAAAAGUGCAAAGGCAUUUCGAAAGAGAGCGCGAUGAAUCAAUACAUUGCGAAGGGUGAACAAUUGAUAGAAAAAUACGGGAAGGCGUAA